AUUGUAAAACUAUGAAAUUUGUGCCAGUUUUCAGGUGUCCCGAUAUUUAGGCUGCUUUAUAGGGAUAGCUAAAUUCACUGGCAACGUUAAGAAAUGGUAAAAAACGUUAAGAAAUGAUAAAAAAAAAAAAAAACUCAUGCUAAAAUAUCCUGUCGCAAAUAUGCUUUACUUUGGAAGGCAUCCACAACAGCAAUGUACCAUUUUCCAGAAGAGCACUUCUAUACCAAUAAGAGUCUUCCUCUAAGGGCAGACCCUUGCACAACCAUCACACUGCACGGAGCUCUUGAGAAUAUUCUGGAAGCAUCACUGUGAAUCGUUGCUUCUCAGCAAAGAGAGAGAAAUGAAAUUCAGCAGAAGCAGCAACUUUUGGGAGGAGAAACACGGUUUCCCUUAGAAUGCUUUUCUCCCGGUAUGGGUUUACUGAGAGCUCGGCUUCUCUGGUGCUUUAAAUCUGUGGACCGUUGAACGUCACUCCGCCUUUUUUGAAGUUACAAAAAUACUUUGCGGUGUGGCGGGAACAGAAAGUUUGGAAAAUUAACUGCGUAAGACUUCAGAUAACACAGAAGACAUACAUGCAAUAGCAUUCCAUGAAGAACUUAAUCAACUCAAUCCCUUGCAUGUAAUUAACCAAGGCACACAACGACUCCAAAUUCUGCACUCCAAAAAAGGAGGGAAAAUGCAAGGGUCCUGCAGCAGUUCCCGGGACUACGGAGAACUGCUUUGUUACAAGUGUAUCCAAAGUCCCCAGCAGCAGAGACUUGUGGGGCGCCGCUUAUCCUUGCCGCACUCGCUCUGCAGCUCCCAGAGGUGGCGGUUGUGCUAUGAAGGAAGACCCUGCCAAGCUGGCCGACAAGAUGCUGCGCACCCCCAAGUGCUCCAGGUGCCGGAACCAUGGCUUUCUGGUGCCGGUCAAGGGCCAUGCGGGCAAGUGCCGCUGGAAGCAGUGCACCUGCGAGAAGUGCUACCUGAUCACCGAGCGCCAGAAGAUCAUGGCUGCGCAGAAGGUGCUCAAGAAGCAGGCCUCCGAGGAGGAGCAGGACGGGGCCCUCGUCGCGCAGGGCACGGAGCUGUUGACAGGGGUCGCGGCCGCGGCCGCAGCCCUGGGCGCAAGCCUCCGCCAGCUGCCUCUGCUGACCGCUUCGGGAGACUGGGAGCCAGGCCCCGCGUGCCGCGUGGCCGCCGGCUUCCCAGAGAGGCCCCCACGGGGCCCGAGCCCCGGCCCGAGCGCCUUCCAGCCAGUUCUGGGCGGCCACGGCCGCGGCCGCGGCCACGUGGGGCCGAGCGGCGAUCGAGCCGCCGUGGCCAUGCCCGGUUCGGUGGGGCCCCAGCUUGGGAUGGAGGUAGCAGGCAGGGGGUGCCCUGACCGCCUGGGGCUGCGCAGUCCGUUGCGGCCCCUGCCCAGCCCGCCGUUCGACUUCGGGCUCCCUCUGAACAUCAGCUCAGAUCAUGUGGUGGGGCCUGAGCACCUGGAGAGACAGCCUUCCAAGCUGUACCCCAGCUGCUCCAACAUGCAUUCCUACUGUGCAUUCCCAUUGGGCUACCAGGAUGGAUCCCCACCUCCGGGGAUCCCCCUGCAGCGGGGCUUCCGGCAUGUGUCCUGCAGCCCCUACCAUGGAGGAAGCUUGGUGUCGGAGUCGGUGGGAGACUUCCAGCCAAGCUACUACCCGCCGCCUCCGCCUCCGCAGCAGCCUCAGUUCCUCCCGCCCGGCUUCCUGUCUGCGCUCCACUUCCUCCCACCGCUGCCGCCGCCACCGCCGCCACCACUAGCAUCUUUCUCUCUUGCUGUCCUGUCUGACACAGACAAGGAGACCACUGAUGACCAGGAUGUGAAGGUGCCAGCACCGGCACCGGAGGAGCUGCCCGAGGUGCCCCCCGAGGUGCCGCUCGAGGUGCCGCCUGAGAAGGAGGAGGGGGAGGAACCACCGCCUGAGCCCAGCCAGCCGCCCUCUCAGGAGCAGUCCGACUAGGUCCGGGCUCUCGGGCCAGCAGCGGGGGCGCUUUGGGGGUGUUACAGCGAUGAUGUUCUUGUUUGAGUUCAGGGAUAGGUAGGGAGGAAGGAUAGUAGUAGGCUUAAGAGAGCAGUUAAUUUCCAUUUCAAGACAGGAAGAAGGAGGGUGAUUUCUAGGGUCCUCUCGGUCCCGGGAUGGGGGACUGAACAGGAUGGAGGAUGGUUAGCAGGGGAAGGCCAGGGCUCUGAGGAUCGGGGGGCUGGUGGAAGCUCACAUUUAGGAAUGAAUUUAACCGUGUCCAGGUUGUGCCGCUGUCAGAUUCACUCCCAGACGCGGUCUUUGAUUUCCUCAGGCCGGGUUCCAGGACAGGAGGCACAUCUAUUUCAGCCUUCUGCUUCUGCCUCUGCUUGGUCCCAGCUGGGGGCACAGACACCAAGCUUCCAGCACAUCCAGGUGGCUGGUGGGAGCAGCGGGGGCCCAGGGCAUUGACAGCAGGUUCAGCAGCGUCCUUCCUUGCUGCUCGGGCUCCCGAGGGCUGCCUGGCCACUGCCCCGAGCCCCUUCUCCAAUGGGCUUUACUAAGCAUUCUGACCGCCGGGGCUCCCAUCCAUAAAGUUUAAGCCAUUAUAGGCAUCGUUUCUGGUUUAAAAAAUCGAUUAAAGUUUGAUUAUUUGAUAUUUUUAUAGUGAUUGCCAACUUUAAAAAGUAGGCUGUUUGUAAGCACUGAUACAGUUCUCAGACAAUAGAAUGGUGCUUCUAAAUCAUCUGUGGUAUCCGUUCCUUCUCUGGGGACAGCUGACUGUUGAAAUAAAAUGAGCAUUGGAAA